CUCUUAUGACCCUUCUACUCAGGAAAAAUCCGGAAUAAGCAAUAGCCCCGAUGGUUCUGACUAUAAAAGACGGCGCAGAUCCUUCCCAGCCACCACAAGCAGCUCACCGCUCCACACCGCUGAACCUUCCUUCACUGGGCAUCAUGAGAGCUCUGACCCUCGUACUGAUGGUGGCCGUGGCCCUGACGGCGCUGGUGGUGGUGCAGGCCAUGCCAGAACCCUUCCCUGACCCGGACCCCGAGGCUCUCGCUGAUCCUGAUGCCUUGGCACACAGAUACGGAGGUGGAUUCGGUGGAUUCGGUGGACACCACGGAGGUGGAUUCGGUGGAUUCGGCGGAUAUCACGGAGGUGGAUUUGGUGGAUUCGGUGGACACCACGGAGGUGGAUUCGGUGGAUUCGGUGGACACCACGGAGGUGGAUUCGGUGGAUUCGGUGGACACCACGGAGGUGGAUUCGGUGGAUACCACAGAGGUUAGUGAAAGGAACGUCCCCGACACGCAGGGAGAAGCAGGCAAGCAUACACCAUCUUGAGGACAACAUAUGGGCGUGUCAAUCGGCGCCGCCUCUCCACCCACAUUGUCUUCAUCCGGCCACACUUCACUCUAGUGGUGGGUGACCUGCUUCUUGCCAAGUUUUAACAAUGUGACCGUUCCGUUAAAUACAUCCCUGCUAAUCAUACACUUUGGCAGAUUUCACUAUUUUACGAAAAAACUGUUCAAAAUAAACGUAUUUUAGUAU